AUGAAAAGUAUCACCUUCCUGGCCGGCAUCCUGCUGGUCUCCGUCGGCCCCUCCCUCAUCAACGCUGAUACCAUUCGGGGUCCGCGUCCGACAACCACAGCCGUGGCCGAGGACUCCUCCCUCUCGAAUCUCCCCCCUAUGUUAAUCCUCGAGAUCAUCAACAUGGAGAAGAAGAGGAAGGGAAAGGGGAACAAGACCACGACCGCAGUAGUAAGCGAGAAGACCAACCCGGCAAAACGCCCCCCUUCUCUACCAAUCAUCAUCGAGACACACCACGAGAUCAUCAAGCCAAAGACACCCAAGACCGCUGCUCUCAAGAGAGAUGCUCCUCAGCCUACUGCCCCCCUUCAGGCGCGCGAGCAGCGAAGCGGUGAGGCGGAUGAGAAUGCCGAGUCCUCCUCCCUCUGCACGCAUAAUAAGUGCCCCAAGGAGAUGGAGGUCACCCGCACCCUCGAGCCUAGACAGCAACAGGAGACGGACGACGCCGAGCCCUCCGCUGACGAGGAUGACGCCGACUCCUACAGAGACUGUCCCAAGAGGCGCUCGCGCAAGGCCAAAAUCGCGAGUAUGGAGGCUACCAAGACCCUCGAGCCCAGACAGCUGGUCGUAGAGACUGCCGCCGCCGAGCCCUCUACCGGCGAAGACGUCGAUUCCUACCUCUGUACACACGAAGACUGCCCUCAUAAGUUUGCGCGUCUGGUGAAGCCACGGGCCGCGAAGCCCCUCGAGCCCAGGCAGCUGUACGUGCCGACUAGCACUGCCGAGCCUUCUGCGGACGAAGAGGAGGAGACGGAGGAGAAGGAUGAUGAGUACUACGCCAUGCCGCCCCCUCGCACCCGUCGCUUGAGGUGCAAGGGCAGACACAGCAGAACCGCUUCCAGCACGGCGACUCCUACUUCUUCCACCACUUCAUCGACCACCUCGUCUGCCACCUCGUCCAGCACCGGCACCGUUACUGUCACCGUGACGCCGACUGCCACCACCAGCUCGAGCUCCUCUUCUUCCACCAGCACUUCCUCAUCCUCCUCCACUUCCACCAACGCACCCGAUGGCGCUGUUACGCGCACCACCACGAUCACCGUGACCGCGGACCCGACCUACACCCCGACUUACAUCCUGAAGCCGUACCCGACGACCUUCCGCAAGGUCAGGGCUUAA